AUGUCCUCGUCCGAAGGCGUGACCAGCGGGGCGUGCUGGUGUCGAAGGCGAUCGCGGGUGCUGACGGGCGGACCGACCAUCGCCUCGUCAUCUCGAAGAUGCGUAUUCGCCUACAGCCUCGCAGGAGACCUCAAGGUAAGCGACCCCAGGUAAGCUGAAUGUUGUCUUAUUGUUUUUGACCGCUCACCUUCUCCAUUUCAGCAAUAAACUAGCUCAACGACUAGACAACUUCCCCAUCACCGAGGCCGCCGCUGCCGAGAACGCCUCCGUAAAAAAACGCUGGUGUCAACUGCGAGACACGGUCCAGUCGACGGCGCUCGCCAUCCUUGGUCGCACUCCCCGUCAACACUAGGACUGGUUCGACGACAACGACGCCGCCAUCAGAAAACUGCUUGCUAUUAAGAACCGCCUACGCAAAGCCUACGUAGAUCACCCCACUGAUGACAACAAAGCUGCUUUCUACCGCAGUCGCCGCCAACUUCAGCAGCGACUGCGCGAGAUGCAGGACACCUGGACUGCUCGGAAAGCUGAGGAGAUCCAAGGCUACGCGGACCGAAACGAAUAGAAGAACUUCCUCUCUGCAAUCAAAGCUAUCUACGGUCCGCCGACAAAGGGCGCUGCUCCUCUCCUCAGCGCCGACGGCAGUACUCUCCUGACUGAGAAGACGCUAAUCCUGCAGCGAUGGGCCGAGCAUUUUCGAGGCAUCCUCAACCGCCCUUCCGCCAUCUCCGACGCCGCCAUCGCGCGUGUGCCGCAAGUGGAGACAAACGCGGACCUAGACCUCCCGCCAUCUCUCCAGGAAACCAACAGGGUCGUGCAGCAGCUCUCUAGAGGGAAAGCACCAGGAUCAGACGCGAUCCUUCUGAGGUCUACAAGCACGGAGGUCCCCAAGUCAUGGAUCACCUGACUGCGCUCUUCCAGGAGAUGUGGCGUUAAGGCGAAGUCCCGCAAGACUUCAAAGACGUAACAAUCGUGCACCUUUACAAGCGAAAAGGGAAUCGCCAAAUCGGCGACAAUCACGCGGCAUCUCCCUGCUGAACAUCGCCGGGAAGAUCUUCGCUCGCAUCCUUCUCAACCGCCGCAAUAACCAUCUCGAACAGGGUCUACUGCCGGAAAGCCAAUGGGGCUUCCGUCGUCAUCGUGGGACCACUGAUAUGAUCUUCGCCGCCCGUCAACUUCAGGAGAAGUGUCAGGAGAUGCGGACCCGCCUGUACUCUACCUUCGUUGACCUGACGAAAGCCUUCGAUACGGUGAAUCGUGAAGGACUGUGGAAGAUCAUGCAGAAAUUCGGCUGUCCGGAGCGACUCACUAAGAUGGAGCGUCAGCUGCACGACGGUAUGAUGGCGCGAGUCACGGACAAUGGAGCUGUCUCAGAGGCAUUCACAGGGACUAACGGAGUGAAGCAGGGAUGCGUGUUGGCGCCUACCCUCUUCAGUCUGAUGUUCUCUUCCAUGCCGAUGGACGCAUACCGCGACGAACGCCCCGGGAUCCGCAUCGCCUACAGGACGGACGGUCAUCUCCUGAAUCAACGGCGGAUGCACUUCCAAUCGCGCGUAUCCACAACCACCGUUCACGAACUCCUCUUCGCCGACGACUGGGCCCUGAACACCACCUCGGAAGAGGAGAUGCAACGGAGCAUGGACCUGUUCUCCGAUGCCUGCGAGAACUUCGGUCUGGUCAUUAACACGCAGAAGACGGUGGUGAUGCACCAACCGCCACCCAACUCAGCCACAGCCCCCAACGCGCCGCCGCAGAUCAGCGUGAAUGCGACCCAACCUCAAGUGGUAGAGAUCUUCCCGUACCUGGGCAGUACUCUCUCCCGCAACACCAAGAUUGAUGACGAAGUCGCCAACAGGAUCUCGAAAGCCAGCCACGCCUUCGAUCGUCUCCAAAACACAGUUUGGAAUCGUCACGGUCUUCAACUGAACACGAAGCUGAAUAUGUACAAGGCCGUCAUCCUGCCGACGCUACUGUACGGAGCAGAGACGUGGACGGUGUACACGAGGCAGGCACGCCGUCUGAACCACUUCCACCUGAGCUGUCUUCGUCGCAUCCUGAGCCUGAACUGGCAGGAUCGCAUCCCCGACACUGAUGUGCUGGAACGAACGGGAAUGCUCAGCAUCUACUCCAUGUUGAGACAAAUGCAGCUGCGCUGGAGCGGCCACCUGGUGCGCAUAGACGACGAGCGACUACCCAAACGGCUCUUCUGCGGAGACGUCGCGACGGGUUCUCGUCGUCAAGGCGGCCCAAUUCGUCGAUACCAGGAUACCAUGAAGUCCUCCCUGAAGCUACUGCAAAUCAACCCAACCAACUGA